AUGACUUUCCUGUGGCUGGCUCUUACUUACUUAGCACUCCUUGAUGCUGCCUGUGGUUGUGGGACCCCAUCCAUUAAACCCAAUGUGAAAGACAGAAUUAUCAACGGGGUGAAUGCCAUUCGUGGUUCUUGGCCGUGGCAAGUCUCGCUGCAGACUAGCUCACGUGGCCAUUUUUGUGGUGGUUCCCUGAUAAAUCAGAAUUGGGUUGUUACUGCUGCUCACUGCAAAGUGAAAGCGGGAACACAUUUUGCUUACUUUGGACUGUAUAACAGAUACGAUAAUGCUGCGCCAGCCCAACGGCGAUCCAUAGUCAAGGUGAUCACCAAUCCUUCCUGGGACUCUUACAAUAUAAAUAAUGACAUCACCCUCUUGAAGCUUUCUGCUCCAGUAGACCUGAAUGCGUAUGUGUCUCCAGUCUGUCUGCCUUCUCCCAAUGAGGCCUUACCCGCAGGUUUAAAGUGCGCCACAACUGGUUGGGGACGGGACAGACUGUCUUCAAAUGAACCUGCAACCAUAUUGCAGCAAGUCGCUCUUCCCCUGGUGUCGGCAAGUGAGUGCCAGCAAAAACACUCCAAUACUAUCACCAGUUCUAUGAUAUGUGCUGGCGGAGCCGGUUCCACGUCCUGCCAUGGUGAUUCUGGUGGCCCUCUGGUGACCAAGAAGGGCUCAGCCUGGUAUCUGAUUGGGAUCGUCUCCUGGGGAAGCCCCAGCUGUAACGUCCGGACUCCUGCCGUGUAUACCCGAGUCUCCAAAUUCCGCAACUGGAUUGAUCAAGUGGUAGCUAGAAACUGA